UUCUUUGCCAUCAUGCAGACAAAUGGUGAAGUGAUCAAAAAGCCCACAAAAAUCAUGGCAACUGGUGUUGGAUUGUUGCUGUUGAUUACCGCGUUCUUUAGUACUAAUAAUGUAUGCUUUUCUGGAGAAUUUGAUGCUGCUGUUGAGGCUCCAGUGACGGGAUCUUCCAGUGUUUCAGCAGGUCCAACUCACAGCAGCUUGACGGUUGUGGACUUGACUAGAAUAAGUCCUGCAAAUCGCAAAGCCAGGCAAACUGAUGAAGAGAAUUCCAUAUCUCCUAACCAAGGAGACUCAGCAGUGAUAGGCGCCAUUCCAACUGAUGGAAACUGCGAUUUUGGCAAAGGGGGAGGAGUGAGAUUAUGCGAAUGGAGAAAUCCCAACAACAGCAGACAUGAGUGGAUUCCUUCCAUUGGUGCAAAUUUCAACUGGAGAGGUGGUCCUAAUCUGGAUGCCAGUAAUGAUGAGCAAGGAGGCUACACCUUUUUUGAAACCUCUGAUGCCCCAGCUUCUGGAAGACUGGCUCCAAGUGCAAUUUUGGAAAGUGUGACCUUUAGACCAACUGAACCUUCAGGACAAUGUUUGAGAUUCAGGUUGGAUUCCACUGAAUUAAUUAAUACAAUUACUGGGGUUUAA